GAUCUCUCUCGUUAACGAGACGGCUCUGUUCCUCACCUGGUCUCCGCCAAGCGACAGCGGUGGCAGGAAGGACCUCACUUAUAACAUCAUGUGCCAGCGCUGUGGCAGUGGCGCCUCCGGUGGCGAGGAGGACUGUGAGCCGUGUGAGAGCGACCUGCGCUUCGUACCACGCCCCCUGGGCCUCACCGGGACCUCGGUGGCUAUUCUGGACUUUGCCACCCACACCAACUAUACCUUCCACGUAGAGGCGGUCAAUGGAGUGUCUGGACUGGGAGGAAACACCAGACCCCUGGUUAACAUCUCUGUUACUACUGACCAGACUGGUCCUUCUCUGGUUGGCGUGGUGAGGAAAGACUGGGCGUCUGACAACAGUAUCGCCCUCUCCUGGACGGAGGUAGAACAGCAGCCUAAUGACAUACUGGACUACGAGAUCAAGUACUACGAUAAGGAACAGGAACAGUCUGGUUACUCAUCGACCCGUACCAAGGCCGUCAGCGUCGUCGUGACCGGUCUCAAGCCCGCCACCGUGUACGUGUUCCACGUGCGCGCUCGCACCGCCGCGGGCUUCACCGCUUACAGCAACAAGUUCGACUUCUCCACCGGGGACGAGUACUCGGGCAUGGCAGCUGACCAGGGGCAGGUGCUAGUGGUUGUCACGGCAGCCGUGGGCGGGUUCUCCCUGCUCGUCAUCCUCACCCUCUUCUUCCUCAUCACCGGACGGUGCCAGAGUUUCAUCAAGGAUAAGAGGAAGUCAGACGAUAAGAGGAGGGAUCACUUCCAGAACGUACUUCCUGUCCCUGGUAUCAAGACGUAUGUGGAUCCGGACACAUACGAAGACCCAACACAGGCCGCCCACGAGUUCACCACGGAGAUAGAUCCUUCUAGAAUACGCAUCGAGAGGGUGAUAGGAGCAGGUGAGUUUGGGGAGGUGUGUAGUGGGCGUCUACGUACCCCAGGUGAGAAGGAGAUCCCGGUGACCAUUAAGACCCUGAAGGGGGGCUACGUGGAGCGCCAGAGAAGAGACUUCCUCAGAGAGGCCUGCAUCAUAGGACAGUUUGACGACCCCAACAUCAUACGGCUGGAAGGAGUGGUCACCAAGAGCAGACCUGUGAUGAUCGUGGUGGAAUACAUGGAGAACGGAUCCCUGGACUCUUUUCUGAGGCACCAUGAUGGCCACUUCACAGUGGUCCAAUUGGUGGGGAUGCUGCAUGGCGUGGCGUCAGGGAUGACCUACCUGUCUGACAUGGGCUACGUGCACCGUGACCUGGCCUCACGCAACAUCCUGGUAGAUGAGGGCCUGGUGUGUAAGGUGUCUGACUUCGGCCUGUCCAGAGUCCUGGAGGAUCACCCUGAGCCUGCAUAUAACACCAUGGGGGUUAAGAUCGCGAUCCGUUGGACAGCUCCCGAGGCCAUCACCAACAGGAAGUUCUCUUCAGCCUCCGACGUCUGGAGCUACGGCAUCGUCAUGUGGGAAGUGAUGUCGUACGGGGAGAGCCCUUACUGGGAGAUGUCCAAUCAGGAUGAUGAUGAUGAUGAUGAUGAUGAUGAUGAUGUGAUCCUGUCUAUAGAGGAGGGAUACCGUCUCCCUGUCCCCAUGGGCUGUCCUGUGGUUCUAUAUUACAGGUGA